AUGGUUUUGAGCUUGUGUGUGAGCUUGGAUCUGAGCUUGUGUCUGAGCUUGUGUCUGAGCUUGUGUCUGAGCUUGUGUCUGAGCUUGUGUCUGAGCUUGUGUCUGAGCUUGUGUGUAAGCUUGUGUGUGAGCUUGUGCGUGGUUCAGCGAAUCUAUUUGCGCCUCUGCUGGUUUUCCUGCCUGGAAUGCUUGCGUUUGGGUAUAUGCAAUUGUUUCCUCUUGACGCGUCGAUUGGGCUCUAUUCGUGACGUCCGCUUUAGCUUGCACGUUUUCGCUAGCUUGAUCCACGGCGUCUCCUUCUCCCAGAGGGGUCAAUUGCGCCACUUUCUGGUUUUGUCGCUGCGCGUAUUCUUCCCUCGAUGUGUUUUUCUGUUUAUGCGUUGUAUGCGAUAUGUCACUAGCCAAUUCUGUCAGUUCUACUCGAGACUCAGAAUCGACCAGGGGUUUCCUAGUAUCGUAAGAUGCGACUUGUGCUACCACCGUAGCCAUGUCAGACAUACGACCCAGCAGUGA